UCCGCACACCGGGAGAGGACGGCAUGGCUGGCUAGGGUUGUUAGGUGGGAAUAACAUGACAGUGUGUAACAGCGCAGGAACGCAGGCAGCCCUUGGUCCGAAGAGCUUGCAAUCUUAGCACGAGGUCUCCCUGGAUAAUCCGCUUUCUUUAAUCAGGAGAUCUCCCAGUAACUUCCAGCAUGUCAGCAUCCGUGUCCUUCAAGGAACUGGUCAACCUGGCCAUUGGUUCUCCCGAGAUCGGAGCUGUCAACUUCAAUGCCCUCCACUCCCUGCUCCAUGGACUCCUCGAGCACCUGCAGCUGGGCGAGGUACGGAGGGAUCUGUCCCACGAGGAGAGGGAAUUUAUAAAGCCAGUGGUGGCCACAGGAGCAGCGAGCGCUGAAGGUAGGAGACCGUCGUCGGUGUUUCACCAGCUGCAGGAGAAGGUGGCCAGGAUGGAGGACAGGCUCCUGCAACUGGACUCUCUGCCCUCCUCCGCGAGUCUCUUAAUGGCCAGCCAGUCCCAGAACAAGCCGGUAGAGGAGAUGUGGCAGAUGAUGCAGCUCAAGAAGAAGCUGGAGAUGAACGAAGAUGGCGUCAACAAGGCGAUCAACGACUUCCAGGAAUUAUUAAGUACAUUUAACAGUCUGAAGCACACCACUGAUUUAAUCCAGAAAAACCUAGGAGCCCUGAGCGAUAUGGUGGCGGGGAUAAACAUUCACGAGAUCCAGCGGCGGCUGCAGGACUUGGAGGGUCGAGCUCAGAAUAUGCCAGUCCUGGCGGAGCAGCUGGAGAACCUGGAGAAGAAGCUGUUAUCCUACCCCGAGCCAUCAGAAAUGGUCACCUGGUCAUUGCUCCAUGACGCUGUGACGACCUCCGACUGGAACCUCGAUGGUGACGCCAAGCAGAGAAACGCCAAGAAUAUCCUGAGCAGCCUGGGAAAGCUGCCGGGGAGACACGACGAGAUGGAGGCACGAGUCGGCGGCAUCGAGGAGGAGCUCAGGCGGCUGGGUAGAGAAAUCGGCAAGGUGGAAAUUCCGGAGGAUUUGUUGCAGCGCCUACGGAGCCUGAGAGAAGACGUGGAAAGAAUAUUUGCUGACAAUAAGAAGGACAAGGACGAGAUGAAGAGCCUGGAGAACGCUCUGCAUCAGCUGAACGCGGCGCUGCAGAGACUCGACUCAAAGGCGGCCAAGCUGGAGGCAGAUCUGGCGGAAACGGCGACUCUGCAGAGCCAGAUCUAUGACCUGGACAAAAAGAAACUCGAUCGGGAAGAACUCACGUUAGAGCUCAGCAAUAAAGCUGAUAAGUGGUCUCUGGACACCAAGGUGGGUCACUCGGAGCUGGAAUCCGCCGUGAGCGAUCUGGACGCCGUUCUCCAAGACCUGAUUAAGAAGCUGGGAGCGCAAGAGGGCGAGUGGAGGAGCAUUCUGGAGAAACUGCUGGCCUCCCUGGAGGCGAAGCUCAGCCGCUCCGAUCUGGACUCCAUCCACCGCGACCUCGAGGAGCUGUGGCGGAUCCUGAAGAAGCACAUGAGCUCCGGACAGGCCUUCGACCCCGAUGGAGCGGCCGGCUUCAGAAAGAAGCUCUUUGAGAAAGUUAAGUGCAUUUCCUGUGAUCGUCCUGUAACCAUGGCAACUGGGCCGCACCUGGUCACCGUCCGCACGGCCUCGCUGCUUCCUCGCAAUCGGCCAAACAGCGCAGACUUCAGCCGUGACAAGAGCCCGGGUGAACCUUUGCAGACCACAGACCCCGAAUUCCAGUACUCGGAGCCCCCGAGACCUCACACGUCCUGCUCACACCCCAAACGGGCGUCCCGCACCCAGCACCUGAUGACCGUGUAUCCCUACGGGGACCCGGGACACAUCAUGUACAGAAAUACUGAGUUUGACCUGCAGGGGAUAGACGGGGUGAUGUACAAAGGACGAAUGGAUACGGCGUUCAGGAACCAGCCUCCUGAGAGGGAUCCCUCGAUGGUGGUGACCCCGCAGCCUCCUCCAAGGUUGUCCAUGGAGAGAGCCCGCUCUGCCUCCUCUCACCAAAGACGUAAUGGCUCCCCCAUUUCCACAGGUUCAACGCACUCCAUCCAUACUAAACGCAGCUCCCUCCACGUGCCAAUGGCCACCGAGACCCCCAUCUUCUUACAACGACCGCAAAGCAGCCCAGAGGAGAGAGCGGACCCCUGAGAGACCUCAUGCGCGCCCAGGGACUGGGGAGGUGCAAUAAUCACACAAAUGAUAUUUUAAUCCCACUUCAUCCCCUCCCGAUCGGAGUCCUGGAGCGGCCACGAAUCCACGAGUCGCCGGCGACCACCUGGGACACGGAACGCCAGAUGACUCGUAAUCUUUUUAAUACGAGAUACAGAUUUACCUAUGUACAGUAUAUAAUAAAUCGGAAAUAUCCUU